AAACCAAUUUAGUAGGUGGUCGAACGUUGAGCGUGAAAGACUCGAAAAAAUAGUGAGAGUGCCGUUUUGUUUUAAUUACAAUAAAAACAAAAACAAAAGCUAUAUAAAUAUUAAAAUGAGUUCCGCGUCAUUAAGACUUUUAAGCAAAACUAAAGAUACGGCUCGCAUUGUGAUCGUUGGAGCGGGAUCGGCUGGUAUUGCUGCAGCCACCCGACUCUUGGAGCAGGGUUUCAAAAACGUCCUUGUCCUGGAGGCGGAGGACCGCAUUGGUGGUCGGGUGCACACAAUACCCUUCGCGGAUAAUGUAGUGGACUUGGGAGCCCAGUGGUGUCACGGAGAGAAAGGAAAUGUGGUCUUCGAAAUGGUCAAGGACCUGAAUCUUUUGGAUGUUACCGAGCCCCACUAUGAGACCUUUAAGUGCGUGCGUUCCAACAAGGAAAUCCUGCCCGAUGAGAUCGCCGAUACCCUCAAGAGUAUAGCUGAGAACUCCAUUCCAGAAAGACAAACAGAGCUGGUAAACUAUAAAGGAUCUCUGGGGGACUAUAUUAACUGGAAGUACUGGACAGAGCUGAAAAAGCUCCCACCCAUAGACCACACAAUAGCCGAAGAGUUCCUGGAAGUCUUUCACAAGUUCGAGUCCUCCGUGGAGGCGUCAGAUCAUCUCUUUGAGGUCUCCGGCCAGGGCCACCUGGAGUACUGGCUCUGCGAAGGUGAACUUUUGCUCAACUGGCGCGACAAGGGCUACAAGAGCUUCCUGAGAUUACUAAUGAAAUCCAAAGAGGAUGGUGAUCUGGGCAUCCUUAAAGGACACGUUCUACUCAACAGAAGAAUCGCCGAAAUCAAUUGGCAAGGAGCCGAUGAGGUCACGAUUCGUUGCUGGAACGGGGAGAUCCUCACCGCCGACCAUGUGAUCUGCACCGUGUCCUUGGGCGUGCUCAAGGAGCAGCAUCAACAGCUCUUCGUCCCAGCUCUGCCAGCCGCAAAAGUAAGAGCCAUCGAUGGCCUUAAACUGGGCACCGUGGAUAAGUUUUUCUUGGAGUUCGAAAAGCCUCCACUCCCCGAGGACUGGCCUGGUUUCAACUGCCUCUGGCUGCAGAAAGAUCUGGAGGAGCUGCGAGCCUCCGAGCUCUUCUGGCUGGAGAGUGUUUUCGGGUUCUACCCCGUCUCCAGGCAGCCACGAAUCCUCCAGGGCUGGAUAAUAGGACCACAUGCCCGACACAUGGAGACUCUUACCGAGGAGAAGGUGCUGGAAGGAGUACUCUGGCUGUUCAGCAAGUUCCUGCCCUUUGCGGUUGGCCAACCGAUUCGCUUCCUGCGCACCCAAUGGCAUGCGAAUCCCAACUUCCGGGGCAGCUACACCUUCCGCUCCACUUACACGGAUGCCCUGCGAACCGGUGCCUGGGAUCUGGAGGCGCCUCUGUCGGAUGUGGGCGGCCGGCCUCGACUCCAGUUCGCUGGGGAAUCCUCCCACAAGCACUUUUACUCCACAGUCCACGGAGCCAUAGAGACUGGGUGGCGGGAGGCGGACCGAUUGAAUCGUUAUUACCGGACACGAACAGCUCGGUUGUGAGCUGACCAGAAGGUGUGACGGCGCAUCCGUGCUAUUGAGAUUGGCCACGGCCAAAAUAAUUUGUUAUAGUCUUCGAUAUUUGUUGGGUUUCCUAACAAAACAAUUAUAAAAGAAUUUAUAAAAAAAUUAUAAAA